CCCGCAACACGCCCGCCAUGAGAUCUCACACACUGCUCGCACUGGUUGUGUGCCUCUUCGUGGCAUUUGCUGCCGCCUGGACAAAAGAGGACCACGAAAUAUUCCGUAUCCGUGACGAAGUCGCCAAAGCAGAGGGCAAGAAUGUCACUUUCUACGACCUACUCGGCGUCAAGCCCGGCGCGUCGCAAGAUCAAUUGACAAAGGCUUACCGCAAGAAGUCGCGCGAGCUUCACCCCGACAAGGCCCGCCAGGCGUACAUUAACAACUAUGCGAAGAACCAAAAGAAGGCGGGAGGCAAGAAGCAGCCAUCCAACAGGGAGAUUGAAGCGCACGUCAAGAAGGUCACGGCCGCCUACCAGCGACUCUCCGUCGUAGCCACUAUGCUCAAGGGCGCCGAACGCGAGCGUUACGACCACUUCCUAAGGAACGGCUUCCCUGCGUGGAGGGGCUCUGGCUACUACUAUGAGCGUUUCCGCCCUGGCCUCGGUUCCGUCAUCUUUGGACUACUUGUCGUCUUGGGUGGAGGGUUUCACUACUUUGCUCUCCUGAUGGGAUGGAAGCGUAGAAGGGAGUUUGCUGAGAGAUACAUUCGCCAGGCCCGCAAGACUGCUUGGGGUGACGAGAGCGGUCUACAGGGGAUCCCAGGUGUAGACGCUGUCCCUGUCCCUCCCAACGUCGAACAGGUCGAAGAAUCUCCUGAAGAUACUCCUGAUGAGGCAAUCCCCAGAAACCGUCGCGAAAGGCGCGCCAUGGAGAAGGAUGCUCGCAAGCCCAAGAAGGUACAGGCUGUGAAGAAAGCACGCACGGAUGGUAUCAGCGCUCCUGUCGAGGCAGAGGUCAUUUCCGGUCCCCAAGGAGCCAAGAGGCGCAUCGUCGCUGAGAACGGUAAAGUCCUGGUCGUCGACUCUGUUGGUAAUGUCUUUUUGGAACACGAGAACGAGGACGGACAGAAGGGCGAGUACCUGAUUGACCCCGAUGAAGAACCCAAGCCCACCAUCUUCGAUACUCUUCUGUUCAAGCUGCCAAAGUUUGCCUACAACCAGUCGGUCGGACGCGUCCUCGGCAAGAAGGAGCUGCUCAAUGAGCCUCUCCUGGAUUCGUCCAACCUUCCCGAAGGUGAAGCUGCCAUCCAGAAUGCUACUGCAGCCAACCUCAACGGCGAAGCCAGGAAACGCAAAGCCAUUGUCCGCAAGGCGAGGUAAUGACACCAUGACUCUUCAUCUCUGGGCAGACAGGCUGGCCACUUUGCGCCUAAGGUAGAUAAAAAGCGACCUGGGCUAUUGCAUAUGCAUGUACAAUUACAACAUAGAUGGGGAAAAGCGGGGGUGAAGCAUAGGAGUUGGUGUUUUAGCACUACAUGUACCAGUUAUCUUCUGGUCUAAAAAUUGGUUCUUACUCC